CAAUUGCUAGUGACUGGGAAGAUAAGCAUCUAGCAAAAAUAUCUCUGUAAGAAUACGGAAAUAUCCACAAUCCAUGGCCGCUGUUUCACAAUGUCUUUCUCUGCACCUACCGUUCCCAUAACCGUCACUGUAAGUGUGAAUUCCACACUCUCUUUCCCCACCAAAACCCUCCCAUUUCUCAAACCUCAUUUUCCCUCCUAUAAAUUCAAUUCCCUUACCACUCACUGCUCCAUUCCCGAUCGUGAAGAACACCGCUGGCUCCGCGAAGAACAACGAUGGCUUCGCGAGGAGCAACGGUGGAUUCGUGAGGAGAAUCGAUGGAACCGUGAACGGGCUGAGCUUCUCAGAGAGAUUUCUGAACUUAAACUUCAAAUUCAAUCUCUCGAGCACCGAAUUCUAUCUUCAUCUUCGUCUACCUCGGUUUCCGACGUGGUUGCGCCGUUGUUGCAGGUGUUGAAGGAUAAGAAUUUGGUUCUUGAUAGUGGUUCUAUUCAGAGGAGAUUAGUGCUUGAGGAGGAAAAGGAACAGGAAGUGGAAGAAGAGAAGGAAUCUGUUGAGGUUGUUGAACAUGUAAAGGAGAUUGUGGUUGUUGAGAAACCUGCUGCUACGGUUGAAAAGAGGACCGUUUUGCGAACAGGUUCUGAAGGAGAAGAGGUUCAAAAGUUGCAGGAAGCAUUGCUAAAAUUGGGAUUUUACUCGGGUGAGGAGGACAUGGAAUUCUCUAGCUUCUCAAGUGGAACUGAGCGUGCUGUGAAGACCUGGCAAUCUUCGUUGGGUAUCCCUGAGGAUGGGAUCAUGACAUCACACCUUCUUGAGAGGCUAUAUUUGGAUAUACGGACUACGGAUAUAGAUAGUGUAAAUGAAACCAAAAAAUCUGCCUCUGUUUUACCGAAGGAAGUUGAAAAUGGAGCUGCAGUUGCUUCUGUGACAGAAAUUUCAGAAGUUCAGCAAAAAGUUGUUGGAGAAGUUGACCAAGAAACAGAAGCAUCCCAUCCAAGAGUUUUCCUCCUUGGGGAAAAUCGGUGGGAAGAACCAUCAAGACUUUCGACGAAGGUUAGAGUUGAUAGGGGCAAGAACAAGGACGGAACAAUGAGAUGCCUUCAGUGUUCUGGGUUAGGUGUCUUGUUGUGUACAGAAUGUGAUGGAUCUGGCGAGCCAAAUAUUGAACCUCAAUUUAUGGAAUGGGUGGGCGAGGAUACAAAAUGCCCAUAUUGUGAAGGCCUAGGGCAUAUAACUUGUGAUUUGUGUCGAGGGAAAACUAUGGUGUAGGCAUGACUUUAUGUUUCUUCAUCGUUUCAUACAGGUAUCUAUUCGUCAAUAUCGUUGUAUCUCAAAAUCUUGUAUAUUUAUUAGUUUAUUUAUUACUUUCUGUUUUUGAUUGAGCAGAAAGAGUUGUAAUCCAAAGCUACAAUUGAGUGAACAAUACAACAAUUAUAAAAAUAAAAAAAAAGUACAGUAUGUUAGCUGAUAAACAUAACUGGGAAAUAGAAAUUUGAUAUUCUUAGAUGUUCAGCUUUUGGAGCUUACAAGCGAAGUGAAACUACCGGGAAAUGAAAGCAGAUUGAACGGUUCAUGUACAUUCCUCGAAAAUGAAUGUGGCCAAAUGCAAUAAUGAGUAUACUAAAACAAUCAUUCUUUUUUCCCAAAUCAAUUUGUCAAAACUUUCUUGAGAUUUGGAAAAGAGAGUUUGUUGUCAUAACUAAGAUUAUAUCAGUUUAUGUUUUGAAAGUAGCUUCACUUUUGGCAAA